AUGACGACUUCUACGACCCAUCAAGACAUGGACAAGGACAUGGACAUUAACGACUCCAGUACCUCUUCCUUGUCUCUCGACGCCUCACUGGAAGCGUUCCCUAAUACCCGCCCUAUCGUCGUAUCAGGGCCCUCGAGGGCCAGCCUUGGAGAGGUAGAGGGUACCACGUACAACUUUGUUUCGCAUUCUACCUUUGCCCAAAUGAUCGAAACGGGUAGUUUUAUCGAGUACACUGUUGUCCGUGGAGACUACUACGGUACAAGCAGAGAUGCCGUCACGGCUCUUCAAAGAGAAGGAUCCAUCGCCCUUCUCGAAGUCAAUGACCAAGGAUCCCGGGCUAUUGCGAAGGCUCAAGGUAACAAUGCCCGCUUCGUUUACAUUACGCCUCCGACCUUUCACGAGUCAGAGUACCACCUAGGAGCUAGACGCAUGAGGUGUAGACCAAUUAGGCAAAAGCUUAUCUACAACCCCAAAAGCGAUCAGACAUGUCCAGUUCUUGGCAUUCGUAUCUCCAAUGCUGAUCUGGACCAGGCUCAAAAGGAGUUAGAAGAGUUUGUAUUUUUUACACUAUUGGACGAACCGGCUCCCACUUGGUCAUGA